CUUGCGUCGAAAAAAGGUACAUACUGAAUCAAUUUGAUUUAACUUUCAGGGAAACCUUUGCGCUUUUCAACAUAUUGAUGCAAGUAUUUACUUUGCUGAAGUAUCAAAGGCAGUAGACAACGGAUACCGUAAUACGAACUGACAUCCUGAUUACGUUUUCCCUUGCCCUCURCCCUUAGAUUCAUGAACUACAGAAAGAAGGGGAAGGGGAACACGUAAGUACUCGUACACUCUUUUUCUGGUGGGUGAUCACUAUACAACUCGAUCACACCCAAUAAWGAGUCAUUUGUUCAGCCUUUGUCUCAAACAAUAUCUUCUGUUCGACAACUUGCGGCGGACAUCGCCAUUCCUUUCCACGAAUMAUCUGACGUCGACAUCUUUCCACCGACGCGCAUCACUUGACAUACCGCCAACUCGGACGACAACAGCGAGCGUCGCAAUACCAACGCGGUGAAUUUUGCAGGGCUCGUCGAAGAGACCGAAAACCAGAGUUGUGAUAACAGUGACACAAGCAACGACGAAACGGGUGGAAGUUGCGUACAAAGCAAGACUAGUGAAACACCGGUAGCAGAUCAGCGGCAACAGAAGGAGCAACAAGAAACAAUUAUGGCGGAUCAGCAGCAGGAAGAGCUGCCGCAGCAGCAACCGAAGCAACAAUCAGAAUCUUUCCUACAAACACCAAAAACGACUAAUACUAGAAGGCUAAGCGAACCCAGCCCACUUUCGCCAAUUAUCUCUCCACGCAGUCGCGCUGAUGGAAGUGGGCACGGUCGGUCGAUCAACCGCCCCGAAACCGAAAAACCGUUGCUGGAUGAGAUUCGUGAGGUCCUGGCGCAGAGUUAUCUCAGUUUUCUUCUAGCAGAUCUCCGGCAUUUAUCGGGAACCGGACAAAUUAUGACCAAGUACGAAAAUCUUGCCAUCGAUAGCGAUGUUUGCGAACGAUGGACAUCGGACCAGAUUGCUGGUUUGUGCGAAGGCAACGGGAUUGGAAAACGCCCCGGUUUGUCUCCCGUUGUGAUCAUGGCGCUCUUAAUUCUGGAAAUCAGAGACACAUAUGUCAUGACGGCCGAGGAGAGGAAACGGAUGAAACCAAAACAGGGUGAUAGCAAAAGAAACUUGUAUGCUACAAGCGUGGACAUCGAUACUGACGUGCAUUUUGUGGCCUACGAAAACAACAAAACCAAAAAGAAGCUCACGGAAGAAUCGAUGGAAUCCCUUAUGAGAUGUUAUUCGAGGAUGGUGUCGGAAGAUCUUGUCACAGAAAUUCCCAAUGUGAGGAGGAGACGUACGACAAUGAACCUAGACAGUAACAGAGGCGAGGGUGGAUUGCCGCAAUUUUUACAGAACACCGGUCGAAAAAUUCGAUUUCCACGUCGAUCCAUGCAAUCUGGCUCUGCUAGUUCUGGUGAUGGAGCUUCGUCUGGUUCUUUUUCAAGCUCAAUUUCCGGUGCAUUCUCUACUAUUCCGAGGCCAAGGCGAGGAACACGAGGAUCAUCGUCUCCUUUGCCUAGGCAGAGCAGUAAUCCGCUAGGAUCACUUCAAGAAGAAACAGAUAGUGAUUUAGGCUUUGAGGUCAGGCAAGUGGGUAGCAAAGACAGUGUUUCUUCUUCCUACGAAAAGGGCAAUGAUAACAGAGUUGCUAUCUCGAAAGAGGAUUCUUGUAGCACCAUCAACAACARAGAUUCGAAUUCCACUAUUAGCUACUCGAUGAAAGAUUCGGUAGUUCCAAUCAGUCCCAUAGCCGAACAUGAGGAGGAUAAAGAUGGUGAAUACUCGGCAAAAUAUUCGGAGCUGUCCGAUACGCUUGUUGGCGAAAACGACGAACAUUUUGACGACUCGACAAAACAACCGUCUAGCUUGCGUAGUGCAAUAUCCGACCAGUCGGGAAGACCUACAAAUCGGAGUGGUGCCGUUACCUUUCGACUCAAUCACGARAACGAAGAACACCGCGAAGAUAGCCGUUCUUCAAUGCAACAAUUUUUCUCCCCGAGAAGGAGAAGGCAAACUAUUGGCCAUGGACCUGGUGAUUCGCCACACCACCAUAUGUCGCUUCGCGAUACCAUGGCAAUAUCCAGACAGAAAUCACAGCACUUUGUCGAUAAGUUAAAGACAGAUUUCAACGAUCAAGUCGAAAAUCUUCUGCCAACAAAUCGCGAAGGAAACACCGGAAAGGAAUUCGAAGAAUUAACCAAUGCCUUUUUCGACCAAGGGCAAACAAAUGAGGAUGUCCGAACAAGUCUUGGGGUGACUUACACUCGAAAAGAAUUGGUAGGAGUUUUGAGACAUGCCGUAGAAACACGCGACGACGAGAGCUUGCAAUUCUUGUCSAAGUUCUUCAAGGAUGGUACAGUUUCUCGUCUGCUGGUGGAAUCCCAUUCGCGUGUCGUUUGGAUGAACGACUGGUACCCACUCAAGGAGUUGACCUAUUCCAUUACGGUCGACGCGCUGCAACGAAGGGUGAUGGUGGUCUUUCGCGGUGCGAUCACCCCCGAGGAUUGGAAAUCCGCCGUCAACUUCAAGUUCCACAACAUUCGAAAUCCAGUGAAGGAAGAAUUUGACGGCAAGAAAGACGUCCUACGGGUUUUUUCCGGGCUSUACACGUAUUUGUUUCGAAAAAGGAAGGACACGGGCACAACGAAGUACGACGAAAUUGCUAACAUGUGCCACAAGUAUGGAUUGCACCACAUCGGACCUGACUACAAGUUGUUUGUGACGGGCCACUCGCUCGGGGGUGCCCUUACUCACUUUUUCAGCUUUUUUGCCUCCACCGAGGAACGAUUUACGAAGAACGGACCGGUAAAAGCGAUUGCCUUUGCUAGCCCGUACAUAGGAGGACAUUCCUGGGCGGACGCUAUUCGACACCAGGAAAAAUCCAAGAAACUCCAACUGGUCCAGUGCCGAAACGACAGCGACGUGAUUCCUCGGCUUCCCGCGAAUUUCAGGAUUGGCAAACGGGGACCGUUGUGGAGACACGUCGGAAUCGGUGUCACCCUCCCGAGGCUGCCCAAGAAAAUWAUGUGCAGGUUCAGGUGGAAGCCCAUGGUUCAUUACUGGGGGAAAGAAAAAUCGUGUUUGUCCUCCACGGUCCAUGCCUGCCGAAGGAACGUGAUUUUCCAUUUUUCGUACCUACGGCCAUGGACGCUCAAUCGAUCCCACACGCUGUUCGAGCUACAGGACCGACUGAUGUAUGGAGAACUCAACAGCAAAAAAUCCGGUGAUUUCGACCUGCUGCAGAAUACACUCGACGAGCUGUACGGAAAGCUGGACGAGCACGAUUUCCAGACCUUUCGAAAGAACAGCUGGUGGGGCAAGAAAACAKGAAUUCAUUGAAAAAUCGUAGCAUGUGAUGGUUGUUUGUGUGUUUGUGUGUUUUUGAAAUUGUACUACGGUUCAAAAGAUUCUUUUUGUUCCUGCCGGUGACGUGAAGGUCCAGUGAAAACUCUUUUUCGAACCCAAUCGUUUGAGGAAGUAGAUAUCCUAAGAUUAUUUAAAUAAUUGAUGAUGACAAUU